AUGGGCGUGAUACGAUGGUGCGUGCAGCGUGCUGUGGAGGUCGACGUGGACGCAAGAUUGGCGGAGAGGCUUGGGGAGGUAGAGCAGCGAGUGAGAGCGGAAGAGAGGAAGAGGACCGACGAGGAAGAGAGGAGGAGGGUUGAGGAGGAAGAGAGGAAGAGGGUUGAAAAGGAAGAGAGGAAGAGGGUUGAAAAGGAAGAGAGGAAGAGGGUUGAAAAGGAAGAGAGGAAGAGGGUUGAAGAGGAAGAGAGGAAGAAGAGGAGGGAACUGAAGAGGGAAGCGAGUCAGGCACUAGCGUGGGCGGCGAGGCGGGAGGAGGAGUUGAAGGCAGCAGUGAGGGAGGCGGAGAGGGCGGUGACGGGGCUGGAGGAGAGCGUUGAGGAAAAGGUGGAGAAGAUACUGGUGCGUGUGGCCAUGCUCCAAAGCGCCAUGGACGGUGGGGAGCUCUUUCAAUGCGCCGAAGCAGAGCGCAAGCGAGCUCGUAUGGCUGAUGGGUCCGCUGCUCCCCGCACGAGGGAGCACCUGGCAGCCCUCUCCACUUAUGCAGAGGCGGUGAGAGGGAAGUCACAGGAGGUGAAGACGCUGGUGCGUGGGCUGUGGACGAAGCAUGUCUUGGUUGGUGGGGAGAAGCAGCUUGAGGAAGGAGGGGAGGAGGACGAGGAAGAGGAAGAGGAGGUUGAGGAGGAGGAGAAGGAGGAAGUGGAGGAAACAGAGAGAGAGCAAGAGAUGGAGAGAGGGGAGGAGAUGGAGAGAGGAGAGAAGGUGGAGAGAGAGGAAGAGAAGGAGAGAGAGCAGGAGAUGGAGAGAGCAAGGCAGAGUGAGAGAGAGGAGGAGACGGAGAGAGAGGAGAGAAAGCAGAGAGAUGAGGGGAAGCAGAGGGAAGAGAUGAAGAGGGAGGAGGAGAAGGGGAGGGCGGAGGAAGAGAGAGAGGAGGAGAAGGAGAGAGAGGAGAAGGAGAGAGAGGAGGAGGAGAGAGAAGAGGAGAUGGAGAGAAAGGAGGAGAAGGAGAGAGAGGAGAAUGAGAGAGAGAGGGAGGUGGAUAGAGAGGGUGAUGUGGAUAGGGAGAAGGAGAAGGAAAGAGAUGAGGAGGAGGAGGAGCAUGAGCAGCAGGAGGAGAGAGAGGGGGAGGAGGAGAAGGAGGAGAAGAAAAUAGAGGAGGAGAUGGAGAGAGAGGAGGAGGUGGUGAGAGAGGAGGAGGUGGAGAGAGAGGAGGAGGAGAGAGAUGAUGAUGAGGAGGUGGAGCAGAUGGAGCAGGAGGAGGAGAGUGAGGAGAAGGAGGAAGAGGCGGUUGUACAGGGGCAGGAGCAGCUGAAAGAAGAAAUGGAGAUUGAGACGGGGUUCAAGACGGACGAGGGGAUGAACGGUGGGGAUGAAGCUGUCCAUCGAGUUGUAAAGGAAGAGAUCUGGGAAGACUUGCCUGAAGGGCGAGGUGAAGGGCGAGAGGGAGGGCUAGAAGGAGGGCGAGGGAAGGAGCGAGGGGAAGAGGGAGGGCUUGAAGGAGGGCGAGCGGUAGAGCGAGAGGGAGGGGAAGAGGGAGGGCGGGAAGGAGGGAGAGGGGAAGAGCGAGAGGGAGAGAAAGAGGGAGGGCGAGUAGGAGGGCGAGUAGGAGGGAGAGGGGAAGAGCGAGAGGGAGAGAAAGAGGGAGGGCGAGUAGGAGGGCGAGGGGAAGAGCGAGAGGGAGGCCAAGCGCGAGAAGGAGGGCAAGCGGAAGCGGCAGAGGAGGAGGAGAGGGAAGGGGUUAAUGCAAUGAAAGAAGAGGGAAACAAUGAUGCUCUGAUACUGCAGGAUAUUUCACAAGAUGCAGGGUUAGAGGUCACAAGGGGACCAGGGCAGACAGGUGCACAAGCGAGGGGAGGGCAAGCUCUGGUGCAAACCUCAACUGUGCUACAGGUCAUGACAGAGGAGGCGAUGAAGGCAGCAGCACAGACAGAGAUCGAGUCGUUGCUACGCUCUCUCCCACCAAACGAGCGAGAGCGUGCCAGUGCCCUGAUCGACCAGGUCAUUUUCUUCCUCUCACUGCAGCUCCCCUCAGCAGCGCACAUCACAGUCCAGGACCGCAAAUAUGGCUUUGGGACCCUGGGCGACGACCAACCUCUCCACUUCCUCUUUGCCCUCGCUCCCUGCUGCCGUCCCGACCUUCCUCCCACUCUCACCGCGCUCACUCUCACUGGUCUCGCCCCUGUCUCUGCUCGCAACAUGGAAUGCAUUCUCCGCCUGCCCUCUCUCACCUCGCUCACCCUCCGCCGCACUUCCAUCGCAUCAGAAGCCGCGCCGCUGCUGCGCUCCUCCUCUCGCCUACACAGGCUUGUCCUUGACAGCCCUGAAGAUUCCGACCCAGUCUUUGAACCCCAUUCUCAAAGCCCCGUAGGGCUACAUGACAACCAGCUGGUUCGGAGUCUAAAGGAGCUGCACAUCAGUGCAGUCACUGAUGAGAUUCUACAGCAGGUUGGCUUGCUGGUGGGCCUUGAGGCCUUUUCCUGUACGUGCAGUGAUAGAGUGACCCUUGAGGGAUGGAAGCACCUCAGUAUGCUAACCACGCUGAGAUCCCUGCAGGUCGCCCCCGAACACAUGUACCGCCAUGACUUGGUCCUCACGCUUGUCAACGAUGGCCUUCCAGAAGUCUCCAUGUCCUUCCGUGGUCAGUCAUUGGCAGACUCGGGUUUCCACGCAAGCGAGUCCCACACCCGUGUGGGUGGCAGCCUGUGGCAGGUGCUGCCUGGUCUGCAGCGCUUGGAGCGACUCGCCUUGCAUGCGGUGCAGCGUGGGGAGCUGACCUGGCGGUCCCUGUACCGGCUCAAGUUGCUCAAAACUCUCCACAUCAGCAGCAGUUCCCUGGGUCGUUCCACCAUGUCGCCCUGGCUGACUUGGUUGACGGACAUGAGCCUGGCAGGAUGUAAGUUUGACGCAGAUGCAGCCAUGCUCUGUGUCACCGAGCUGGUUUCUCUGGACCUAUCCGGAUCCUCCAUCAGCUGUAAGGGUGCCAAGCAGCUGCAGUCGUUUAGGCGCCUGCAGUGCUUAAAGCUACAGCAGUGUGUGAACAUCCGGGCAACGUUUGUGCGGCAUGUGAGUGAGGUGCCGCAGCUGAAGAUGUUGGAUCUUAGCUUCAAUCCCUGGCUGCAGCCUAGAUGGCUGCGGCCUAUCUUGACGGGGAAGCGAGUAACGAUGCUGCUUCGUAGCAUGGAACAGGAUGUGCUGGCAUGGCAGGUGCUGCAUGGCAGGUGUUGCAUGGCAGGCUUUGCAUGGCACGCGUUGUGUGGCAUGUGCUACAUGCCAUAUUUUGCACGGCAUGUGUUCCACACCAUGUGCUGUGUGGCAUGA